UUCUACAAGUCGGUGGGAGAGAGGGGCGGAGGCGGAAGGCGGGUUGGGGUUCGCCGAGAUGGCUCUGGACGACGCCGGCGACGGCGGCGUUUCAUGUGGUCGAAGCGAGCAACUGGGAGGAGGUCGCCGAUAAUGUCUGCCCUCUUCUUGUGGCGGAGGCUGCGGACAAGCCCACCAAGAUGACCGUCUUCUCCGUUCCCUAUUCCAAGAAGCGACCCCCGGAGGCUAUCAUGGGCAGUCCGAUCAGUUCCAUUAUUCGAAACUGUAAUUACAAGAUGUGCCAUUCUUUUAAUAUUAUCACUUAUCUGGUUGAGAAGGACCGGGCAGCCAUUCUCUGUACCAACAAAUUUAACGAAUAUACUACUAUCGAGAUGUUUACCUCAUUGCUGAGCCUCAUCUAUAGGUUAUACCUUGUACUAAUUGAUCGUGCAGUCCACAUCAGUGUUCAAAAUCUGCCUCUAUCCUAUGCAGUUUUAUUGAACUUUGCAACCCCGAUUGUAGCCUCAAUUGGAGCAAAGAUCAUUUUACAUGAGAAAUUGGCUUUUUUAGAUUUCGGAGGAUCAGCAUGCAGUACAGAAGAUUUGGCUACUAAGGUAUUUCUGUCGCAAGUGUGGAGCACGGCAUUCUUGGAACUGAUUGAUUAGAUCAGAUGAGAAUGAAAGCAUCCAUAAUUGUUCGGAGAUAUUGGAGAGUUAGCAUCCUAGAAACAAUCGACCGGGUGUCAAGCUCAUGAACAGUGACUUAUUCUGCGGCAGCAUUGGCCUCACGAUGCGUGUGUAGCUUGGAACCAUCCAAGCUGUCUGGAUAUUCUGCAAAUAUCAAGUAGCAGGGGGUGGAUAUCAGUAUAUAGUGCAGCAUAUUUGAAGAUUGCGGCGGCGAUCUUUCGAGGCUUGUAGAUGAUGGAUGGUAAACACCAUUGCCUCCUAAGCUGCUCAAAGCUCAGCUAUUGGGACUAGUAUCGAUGAUGAGCAAUGCCCGCUUGCUGUAAGAACUUUGUUUUUGAUCAAUGUGAAUAAUGACGCAGAUCCAUCUAAAGCACCUUUUUUAAGUACACAGCCAUCAUAAUUAAUUUUGAUAAUUCUGGGGAUGGGGGUUUCCAGGUGCAUGAAUCACGUAGUUUCCCCCGGGGCGAUGGCAACGAUGAAAUGGGAUGCAGGCGUCUCAGCCAACCUGAAAACCUGCUGGGGGAGAGAGAAUGAGAGAGUUAUAUUGCAUUUGAGAAUGGAUUGCUGCAGCCGAAUAGGCCUAAACAUAGCUUCCUUGCGAUCCCAAAUUAAAGACUCAAGGGUAAUGUUGGAGCUGAGUGCGUCUCCAAGAAAGCCAAGCUCCAAAUUAACUCCUGAUGCUCCAGGGCAUUCGAA